AUGCCUCUAUCUCAAGAAAACCGAAUGCAAAUGGCCAUACACGUGUACAAAAGCAAGCAAAUCCAAUAUCAAUCAAAAGCUGCUGGAGUAUUUGGCGUACCAAGGUCAACCCUUCAAGAUUGGCUCAAGGGAAUGAAAUCACGGUCGGAAACGCGUGCCAAUUGCCAUGAAUUAACAGCCCAUGAAGAAGUCUUGAUCAAGCACCUGCUAGACGCAGAUAAACGAGGCUUAUCGAUUCGACCUGAGUUUCUGCGUGGAAUGGCGCAGAUCUUACUUCGUGAGCGUACCCAGGAUCCUACCACAACCAUUGGUGUUAACUGGGCAUACAACUUUGUUAAACGCCAUCCAGCGCUACGUACACGAUAUAAUCGGAGGAUUACAUACCAGCGUGCAAAGCAGGAGAAUCUGAUGGUUAUAAAACAGUGGUUUGAGACUAUGCAUGAAGCUAUUCAGGAACAUGGUAUCCAUGAGGAUUGA